AUGGGCCGGCCCGGCUCUCCCUGCCGAGGAAUGGGCCGGCCCGGUGGCGGCUGGGUUCGGCUCAACGUGGGCGGCACCUACUUCGUGACCACCAGGCAGACCCUAGGCCGGGAACCCAAGUCCUUCCUCUGCCGCCUAUGCUGCCAGGAGGACCCGGAGCUGGACUCGGACAAGGAUGAGACUGGAGCGUAUCUGAUUGACAGAGACCCCACCUACUUUGGUCCUAUCCUAAACUACCUCCGACAUGGAAAGCUCAUCAUCACCAAGGAGUUGGCAGAAGAAGGUGUGCUGGAAGAAGCAGAGUUUUACAAUAUCGCGUCUCUCGUGCGGCUGGUUAAGGAAAGGAUACGAGACAAUGAGAACAGAACUUCACAAGGCCCCGUGAAGCACGUGUACAGGGUCCUGCAGUGUCAAGAGGAAGAGCUCACUCAGAUGGUCUCCACCAUGUCUGACGGCUGGAAAUUUGAACAGCUGAUCAGCAUUGGCUCCUCCUAUAACUAUGGAAAUGAAGAUCAGGCAGAAUUCCUCUGUGUUGUCUCCAGAGAACUAAAUAAUUCUACCAAUGGCAUCGUCAUAGAGCCAAGCGAAAAGGCCAAGAUUCUUCAGGAGAGAGGCUCUCGGAUGUAAACAGAGAAUCUGAAGUUCCAGAACCCUGAAGGCAAGAGAGCAAUCGGCCGAGCAGCUCUGAAGGGAAAUCUUGCACCUGUACAGUAACUGAGCUACUGCAAAGUGAAGCUGUGCCUGGUCCCGGAGAAGAGGUGUCUGCUCAAACCAGAGGAGCCCCGCCCGCCUCGGACGAAGACAGUGCGCCUCUGGCCACACGGCCCCUUUUGAGAAACCUGCUUUUGUUUCCUAGCCUGUGUUGUGACAGACCUCCACAGCAGCAUCUGGGAUGGGUCCCUGGCUGGAGCCUUGUGGGGAACUGGGGAAAGGAGGAGGGUCUAGGUCCUGUAAACCAUCUAGACACCAAGGAAGCUAGAGCAGAGGAAGGAGGCUGGUCCUGACCUGUGCCCUGGUCUCAACCUGCCUGUGCUGUGAUGGACACUGGCAGCUGCCGUGACCAUUCUUCCUUGACCUAGGCAUUCUUCGAGGUUGGCAGAGGUGCAGAAGAUUAGCGCAUUGAAUCGAGGUUUUGGGUACAGAAUAGAGUUGCCGGAGGACCCACAAUCCUAUGAACAGAGCCUCAGGCAGGAGGAUGAGGUGUCCUGUGCUGUGCUUGGAGGGCAGUGGUAGCUGUUCCUGGUUCUGAGCACUGCCCUGUCCCCACGAGUGGCUUCACCUGGUGUCUGUCCCUUCGUGGGGCCCCACGUGGCCCAACCUCACGCAGGAAGUUAAAGGCUGCGGCAUCCUAAGCAGUGCUGGGCAGAUGAUGGUACUAAGCAGUUGCUGCAAUUGCCUCUGCAGCCUUGUCUUACCUGGUUGGCCCCGUCUUCCUCCCCCAGCUUCUUGAACUGAACCAAAGAGAAAGGACUUUGUGGACCCUCUGUAUGGCUUGGGGUGAGGAAGGCUGUUUCUGUGGAAGCUGCCAAAUGAGUCAUAUUGUCAUAGUAAAAGUGGUGGUGUUUUGUGAUUGUCUCUUGAACAUGCACUGACUGAUAUAGGUGA